UCUUUCCUCCUAAACGCCAAUUGUAUUCUCUUCUUCCCAAUUUUUGUUUCUUUUCUCGCCGGAGACAUGGUGAAAGCAGUUAGAUUUGUCGGUGGUUCUCCGGUUCUUAGGUGGGAAGAUAUUGAUGUAGGAUCUCCCAAGGAAGGGGAGAUCCUGGUGAAAAAUCAGGCUCUUAACCCUAACUUUCAUGGUGUAAAUUCCAUGUCCUAUAUACAAGGUAUGGGGGCGGUUGGAGUAGUGAUAGCCCUGGGUUCGGGAAUAACCGCAAUAAAAGUCGGUGAUCUCGUUGCCUAUUAUGAUGGCUAUCCAGAGGGAGUAUUUGCGGAAGAACAAAUACUCCCGGCAGAUAAAGUGGUGCUUGUUCCUCCUUCGGUUGACCCGAUUACCGCAUCAUCCGCACUCGUCAAGGAGAUGGCAACUCGUCUCUUGCUACACAAAUGCUCCAAGGAUGAGGCUGGUUUGACUCAAUUAAGCUCAACCGUGGAGGAUGUAUUUUCGAGUGGUGAUCUUCCACGUGCUGUAGAAACACUGGCAAACAUGAAGCACUGCUUGUCUGCUGUUGGUGAGGUUACUGAAUUUGCUAAUAUAAGGAAACAACUUGAAGUUUUAGAAGAUAGACUAGACUCGAUGGUGCAACCUCGCUUGACAGACGCAUUAAGGGAUCGGAAGGUUGAUGUUGCCCAAGAAAUGAGGAGUAAUCUCAAUAGAAUUGGGAGAUUCAAGUCAUUAGAACUGCAAUACUCAAAGGUCCACCUCAAGCCUAUAAAACAUCUUUGGGAAGAUUUUGAGUUGAGGCAACAUGCAAAUAAGGUUUCAAAUGAGAAGAUUGAAGUAGAAAGGCUCUCAAGUGCUAAUGAUUUGCAACUGAAUUCAUCCCCGAUUUCAUUUUCACGUUGGCUUCCCAGUUUUUAUGAUAAAUUGCUGCUUUAUCUUGAACAGGAAUGGAAAUGGUGUGUGCUUGCUUUUCCAGAAGAAUAUAAAACACUUGUUCCAAAUCUAGUAAUUGAAACAAUGUCAGCUAUUGGUGCAAACUUUGUAUCAUCUAUCAACCUGGCUGCUGGGGAGGCUGUCCCCGAGACAAAAACAUUGGCCAAAGGUAUCUUAGACAUCUCAACUGGAGAUUUGUCAAAAGGUGUCAAGGUCCAAACCAAACAUCUGGAUGCCUUAAUUGAACUUCACAAUACAACAGGGAGUUUCGCUAGGAAUAUCCAACACCUAUUCUCAGACACUGGCCUUCAAGUUAUGUUGGAUGUUUUGAAAGCCAUAUACCGUCCUUUUGAAUCAUUUAAACGACGGUAUGGACAAAUGGAGCGUGCCGUUCUCUCUGUUGAGAUUGCAGGACUUGACCUCAGAGGAGCUGCCAUCACUCUUGUUGGGGUUCAGGGAGUUGAACUUAGAGAAACAGUUGGAAGGAUGGAAGAGUGUAUCCCACAAAUCAUUUUACUUCUUGAAGCUGCUGUAGAGAGAUGCAUUAAUUUCACUGGUGGUUCUGAGGCGGAUGAGCUUAUUCUUGCUCUGGAUGAUGUUAUGCUACAGUACAUUUCCACUUUGCAGGAUAAUUUAAAAUCACUAAGAGCUUUGUGUGGAUUGGAUGCUGAUGCUGUUGGUUCAAAGAAAGAAAUGGAAUCUGACAGGAGGGAAGGAGCUUCCAACUCACGCAAGGUUGACUUCAUGUCAAAUGAGGAGGAAUGGUCAUUUGUCCAAGGUGCAUUGCAAAUUCUCACGGUUGCUGAUUGUUUAACCAGCAGAUCAUCUGUCUUUGAAGCUUCCCUCAAGGCUACCCUUGCCAGAUUGAGGACAAAUUUAUCUUUUUCGGUAUUUGGUUCAAGUCUUAAUCAGAACCAGUCACAUGCGGCCAAUGAUGAUGGAAGUGGACAGGUAGCUGUGACCGGAAGGGCUGCCUUGGAUGUGGCAGCUGUGAGGCUUAUUGGUGUUCCUGAAAAAGCUCGGAAACUUCUUAAUCUAUUGAAGCAGUCUAAGGAUCCCCAGUUUCAUGCACUUCCAGUUGCUUCUCAACGGGUUACAGCUUUUGCGGAUGCGGUUAAUGAGCUUGUUUAUGAUGUACUUGUAUCAAAAGUACGACAACACUUCAAUGAUGAUUUAUCUCGUUUGCCUAUAUGGUCUUCUGUAGAAGAGCAUAGUGCUCGUCCCCUCCCAAUAUUCAGUGCAGAUCCUCAGUCUUAUGUUACUAAUGUUGGUGAGUAUCUUCUGACGUUACCCAAACAAUUAGAGCUUCUCGCAGAGGGAAUUUCCAAAUCUGAUGCCAAUGCUGAUGAGGCCCAGUACUUUGCUACUGAAUGGAUGCCUAAGGUUGCAGAAGGUGCUACUGCUCUUUAUGUGGAACAAUUGCGUGGCAUUCAUUAUAUCAGCGAUCGUGGAGCACAGCAACUCUCUGUUGAUAUUGAGUACUUAUUAAGUAAUGUGCUUUCAGCUCUAUCGAUGCCUGUUCCUCCAGUUCUUGCCACCUUCUAUUCAUGUCUCUCCACUCCAAGAAAUAAGCUCAAGGAACUUGUAAAAUCUGAUUCUGGAAAUCUGCAGCUUCAUCUACCCACUGCCAACCUUGUGUGCAAAAUGCGCCGUCUUAGUUUGGAGUAAUUGGAGUCCUUUCUGGGCCACUAUACUUUGUAUGUGAAGAAGAAAACUAAAAGGAAGAAGCUUUGAACACUGAGCUUGUUUCUUAUUUCUCUGUUUUCUGUGUAUUUCUUCACUGCUACACCUCAAAUAUAUAUACUACAACAAUGGACAGUUUAUAGACUCUUCA